CUUCAAACCAGCGCGUGCCUUCACUCUCUCCACCUGCUUUCAAAUUUGCUUUCACACCUUCAACUCCCACACAAAAAGAAGAUCGAGUUAAAAAAACAAGGUCAGCAACCAAAAAAACCACUUUAACAGCAUAUAAGAAACCUGUUUCUUUUCUGUGUCCUCAUUUCCCUUCCCUUCCAUCCCUCUCCCUUGUACAAAAGCUGUGUCCUUUACCACAAAACCAACCCACAUUCCACAUUCCCAUGCAAAAACUCCAUCUGGGUCAUCCCCACUCUCCGUCAAUGGACACCACACCCUCUUCCACACCUUUCCAGGACCUUACAGAAGCUUCUCCAAAGCCUUCAAAGAGAACAACAUUCACCUCCUUCAUGACAGCCCCCUCUUUCAAAGAAGACACCUACUUCGUCUCCCACCUCAAACCCUCCGAGAAAAAGGCCCUUCAAGACCUCAGGGACAAACUCCUCGCCUCCUCGGACUCCUCCAACCCCGUUUCGAUGUGGGGCGUGCCCCUGGUCGACGGCGGCGACAGAGGCGACGUGCUUCUCCUGAAGUUCCUCCGAGCGAGGGACUUCAGGGUCCACGACGCCCUUAACAUGCUCCUCAAGUGCCUCGCGUGGAGGACCGAGUUCGGAGCUGACAACAUUGUGGAGGAGGAACUGGGAUUCAAGGAGCUCGAAGGAGUGGUGGCAUACACUCACGGGUACGAUAGAGAGGGGCACCCUGUUUGCUACAAUGCCUAUGGGGUGUUCAAGGAUAAGGAGAUGUAUGAGAGAGUGUUCGGGGAUGAGGAGAAGCUGAAGAGGUUCUUAAGGUGGAGGGUUCAGGUUCUGGAGAGAGGGGUUAAGAUGCUUCACUUCAAACCCGGUGGGGUCAACUCGCUCAUUCAGGUCACUGACCUCAAGGACAUGCCCAAGAGAGAACUCAGGGUCGCUUCUAACCAGAUACUCUCUCUCUUCCAAGAUAACUAUCCUGAAAUGGUAGCUCGCAAGAUUUUCAUCAAUGUGCCAUGGUACUUCAGCUUGUUGUAUUCAAUGUUCAGUCCGUUUCUGACCCAAAGAACCAAGAGCAAGUUUUUGAUCUCUAAGGAGGGAAAUGCUGCAGAGACACUCUACAAAUUUAUAAGGCCCGAGAAUAUUCCUGUUCGGUAUGGUGGAUUGAGUCGAUCCAGCGAUUUGGAAAAUGGUCCCCCAAAACCUGCUUCUGAGUUCACAGUUAAAGGGGGAGAGAAAGUGAACAUACAAAUAGAAGGAAUUGAGAGUGGUGCAACAAUUACAUGGGAUAUAGUGGUGGGAGGCUGGGACCUGGAAUACAGUGCUGAAUUUGUCCCAAUUGCAGAAGGUAGCUACACCUUAGCAGUUGAUGAGGCAAGGAAGAUUAUGGCCACAGAAGAAGCAAUCCACAACUCUUUCACAUCAAAAGAAGCUGGCAAAAUGGUACUCUCUGUUGAUAACUCUGCCUCAAGGAAGAAAAAAGUUGCUGCUUAUCGCUAUUUUGUGCGCAAAUGCAACAACACAUCAUCUUCAGAGCUUCAAUUAAGCCCCAAAUAAUUGUACCAACUACACAAAAUGUAAUCUUUUACUGAUGCAGUUAAUGAAUUCUCUAAGUUUUUAACUCUUUUGGGUUAUGAUUCUGUACUUGGUGGAGCCAAGUUAAAGGUGUUAACUUAGUAUUGUAUUAGUAUAAUGUAAAAAGAAUGGAAGAAACGUGGUAGAGCAUGAUGAUUUGGUACAUAAGAAAAAGCAAGUUGGUUUGCUUAUACAAUUUUAGUAUUUGGUCGUGA